AUGGUUCUGCCUCAUCGAACCGCGGAACUGCUGGAGGCUGAUGAAGCCCAAAGCUUCGUGCAUAAGCUUCAGCUCAGUGUCUCGAAGGGCCUUCCUCAUGCUGUGCCAGUGCCAGGCUUGAGAACAGAAGAACAUGAGCUGGUUAAGGCUGUUUUCCAGGUGCUGCAAGGCUUCGAGACGUCCUGGCUUUAUUGGGACAGUAACAUGCUUCGGUACCGUGAGAAAGCGGGUAUAUAUGUGACUCAUUUGUCACUGACAGGCCUCAGGUCGUUGUUGAGUCCAUUCCUGUUCACGGCAACAUGCUUAAAGCAAGUGGAGCUUUUUGUUGGGAAGGUUAGGACUCGCCGUCACAAGAUUCCUACGUUGGAUGUGUUCGCUAGCUCGGUUGAUUCUUGGCUUAAGAGGCUCCGCGAAGCAGCUCUGAAGGAGGAAGAGAAGCUAUUUGUUUCAGACAACAGGACUAUAACUCUACUGGGGUUAACUGAUUCAUUGUCAAGUUUACGUUCUGGAGCAGAACAUUUGUCUCAAGUUUUGCAUAGAGCUGUGCCAGAUGGCUUUUGGGAUUCUGGUGCACACGUGGCAUCUAGUGAAGUUGCAGUUCAUAUUCUUGACCAUCUCUUCAAGAAGUUAAAUGAAGUAUGUCUUCUGGAAGACGGCGAGGGUGAGCCAUUUCAUAUGCUGCUAGUGAUAUUUACUGGAAGCUUGUUACCUUAUCUUCAGUGUCUAGAUUCCUGGAUAUAUGAUGGUAUCCUUGAUGACCCUUGUGAAGAGAUGUUCUUUUAUGCAAAUAAUGCGGUUACAAUAGAUCAGCCGGCAUUCUGGGAAAUGAGCUAUAUGCUCAGAGUAAGAGGUUCCAGAGUUGACAGUUCAACAACUUUAACUGAUAGCAAAUCUAUCAAGAAAAAGGAAUCAAGCAACCAGGAAUCUAAUACUGCAGGAGCUUGCUUGAAAGUGAACAAUCAAGGUUGUGUGGAUAUAUUAUGCCCGGUAUUCUUGAAGGAUAUUGCAAGGGCCAUUGUAUCUGCUGGAAAAUCCUUUCAACUUGUCCAACACGUUCAAGACGUACAUCAGAUUCAAACUCGCAAAGGUAAACAUGGGUCUAAUUUGUAUCAGGAUACUAAUUGCAGUGGUCAACAGAAAUUCUGGCCAGAUAUGUCAAGUUUAAGAAUCCACGAUGAUCGUCCAAGAAAUAAAGAUGCUCUUGAAGUAUCCACAAGUCAGUUUGGAAAUGAUUCUCGUGAAAUGGGACUCCUAACCUUGUCUGAAAUUUUCUUGAUAUGCCUAUCUGGUCUGUUAGAAAAUGGUGACCAUGUUUAUGAGUACUUAAGAACACUGCAUGCUGAUAGUGUUCCAAAUAACAAUGCUUUUAUGGAAAAUGGGAGUACUAGCAACUUGAAAGGAACAGAGGAUACAUGUGCAGGGAACAUCACUGAGAAGACUUGGUUAAAGCUCCUAAAGGAUGCUACAUCUGGAAGGCGAUGUGAUGGUAUGGAGAAGACCAUAAAUGCUGUUAUGGAGAAGCCAGUAUUUGGCCCGGGUUGCCCAAAAGAUGCAUCUUCCAAUGCCGUAGAAGGGUUUUUCACUUUAUCUUGUUAUGAAAAUCCAGCUGUCACUGCUUGCAGAGAAGUGCUACUGAGGAACCCAACUUCUUGGAGUGAACUGAAUAUCUCUGAAAGUUUUCAUCUCCCUCCACUGAAUGAUGGGAACAUGCGAAGAGCUAUAUUUGCUGAUGGACAUUCUGCAGGAACUAGCACUGAUUAUAAGUUUGGUUUCCAGUUCGAUGAUUUGGAAUAUGUCCGCCAAGUAGAUGACAGAAGGACCUUGGAGGACCUUUAUGCAUUUCCAACUCUUCUUCCUUGUGCAAAAGAAAAUGCGCUGCUGUCAGAAAUUUUACCUAUGCAGAAAGAUAGUGCACUAGCAUCAAGAGUUUUGAAGUUUAUUCAGAAUAUGAGUGUGAAAGAUCCUCUCCAGCCAGUGGGUAUCAUCCAAGAAUGCCUUUCCAAAUGCAUAAAUAGACAGGUCGAUCACAUAGGCAAUCAAAUCCUGUCCAAGCUAAUGGGCGAAUGGAGAUUAAUGGAUGAACUGUUUGUUUUACGUGCUAUUUAUUUGCUAGGAUCAGGUGACAUGCUCCAGCAGUUUCUGAUAACAAUUUUUGAUAAGCUUGAUAGAGGGAAUUCCUGGGAUGAUGACUUUGAGUUGAAUAAUUUGUUGCAGGAAUCCAUAAGAAACUCAGCUGACAAAAUGCUCCUGACAGCACCAGAUUCUUUGGUUGUUUCGUUAGCGAAACAUGACACACACAAUGGUGAGGAAGGUCCAUCAACUUCCAAAAAAGGUCGCGCACUUGGUUUUGGCAUUGAUGCCCUUGACAUGCUUAAUUUUACAUAUAAGGUGUCUUGGCCUCUUGAUCUAAUUGUUAAUACAGAGGCACUGAAGAAUUAUAAUCAGGUAAUGGGAUUCUUACUGAAGGUCAAACGAGCAAAGUUCGUUUUGGAUGAAACCCGAAAGUGGAUGUGGAAGGCCAGAGGCAGGACUGCGCAUAAUAUCAAACAACACCUAAUAGUGGCACAGAAGCUCCUCCAUUUUGUCGAUGCAUUUCAUCAGUAUGUCAUGGACCGAGUUUAUCAUAGUGCAUGGACUGAGCUUUGCGAUGGCAUGGCGUCUGCUACUACACUGGAUGAAGUCAUGGAAGUUCAUGAGGCAUAUCUCUCUUCUAUUCAACGACAAUGCUUUGUGGCCUCUGAUAAGUUGUGGGCUCUCAUCGCCAGUCGAGUUAAGACUAUUCUUGGAUUGGCACUGGACUUUCACAAUGUUGAACAAACUCUCAGUACUGGUGGGACAGCUUCAGCUGUGAGGGCACGAUGCGAGAUGGAAACCGACCGGAUUGAGAAGCAAUUUGAUGAGUGUGUCGUAUUUCUCCUGAGGAUCCUAUCUUUCAAGCUUAAUGUGGGCCAUUUUCCCCAUCUUGCCGAUCUAGUUACAAGAAUCAAUUACAAUCACUAUUUCAUGUCUGAUAAUGGGAGCUUCUCUGCUAUUCCUGGGUCCCGGACACGGUAG